AUGGCAUUGUUUUAUCGCAUGCAAAUGUUACUUGCUGCUUACGCUUUACUUCUCACCUCAUUCACUUCGGCAACAUCAAGGACAACCACAACAUCAUCCAAAGAAGUAAUAAAAUGCGAUACUUGCAUUCCCGUUCCAUAUCCACCGCCACCUCCGCCGCCGGUGGUAAUUGAAUGCCCACCACCACCACCACCAAAGCCGUCGCCACCGCCACCAAAACCGAAGCCUUCACCGCCAGCUUGCCCUUCAUGUGUUACACCUUGCUCUGGAUGUCGUCCGCCGCCUUGUGAUGCAUGUCAGACUCCAACAACGCCAUUAACACCAGUGCAGCCAGGAGUAAUUGGAGGAGGGGUUUAUUCGCCGCCUAACCAAGUGGUUCCUUACUUACCCUAUGGCGUCCAGUACCCGCCAACUUCUGACUCGGCAGCUAGCACCGCUCACGCGGGAUUCAAGCUUUUUGUUUCCGUCAUACUUCUAAUCCUUUCGGCUACUCUCGGCUAA